UUUGAAACUUUUGGUACUCAAUCCCACCACCUAGGUACUUUCUUAUCUAUCCUCCGAUUGGUGCAGAUUGUCAACGCUAUCGAGGACUCCUUCCUUUUGGUACUCCUUAAAAAGCGCUUGCAGUACUAUUCUCGGCCACUAUAUAAAGUUUUUUUAUUCCUGUGGUGUCACACAGUGGUCACAGAGUUGCGUGGCGAUCGGUACUACAGGACAGUGGUCGUACAUCAUGCAGUUUUUGUGGGUUUUUCCGAUUUUGGUUGGUGCAGUGUGGAGCUAUCCCAGGAUAAUGCCUGAGCAGAUGUUGCCAGCCCAAUUGCUGACUCUGCCCAGCAACGCCACAAGUAUCCGGUCGGAAAUCAGUGAUUCUUUCAGCUGCGAAGGACGUGACUACGGCUACUAUGCUGACGUAGAAAACGACUGUCAACUGUUCCACGUUUGUUUGCCCAUGAGAUAUCAAGAUGGCCGCAGCCAGAUGUUCCGAUGGAGUUUCAUUUGCCCAGAGGAAACGAUUUUCAAUCAAGAAAUCUUCACAUGCACUCGCUCAGAUGAGUCGAUAGACUGUGUAGAAUCGCCAAGAUUCUACGAUUUGAACAGGAACUUUGGCAACGCUGAGCUGGAAAUCUCGGGAACUGAGUUACCGUCAGCAUCUAGCGGACUAGAAGACAGCGAGGUGGCAGUACCAGCCGAAGUACCGCAGAGUCUAGCCAGGACCAUACCAAGGAAGGGAAAAAUAGCUUAAAUUUUAGUUAAUUUCAAGAUUUUAACAAAUUCUUCGGUCUUAAAACCGUAUGAUUUUCAGAGAAAUAAGUAAACAUAGAAUCUUUUUUAGAGCUUCUCUAUUUUUACUUAUUUUUCUAAGACCAUGACCAAUCCUAAAUAAAUUUCAUUAAGAAGCUUACGAAAUUGACCAAAUUGGACAGUAAAAUCAAGAAGCUACUUAAUUUUAUUUAUUUUUUAUUUACUUAUAACAGUUUUUUUGCUGAAAUGUUUCCAGUUUUUAUUUUUUAUUUGGAAUAAAAUUCUUUUUUGACCCUUGCUCCUAGAUCUGAACAAUUUAGAUCUAGUGUCCUAGUGGCCUAGAGUGACUGUCAAAUAAGAAAAAAAAAUAUUAGAAAUUUGUUUUUAUUA